AUGUGUACAAUGAAUCUGAUCUGUGUUUCCACGAAGAUCUCAGAGUUCGCCGAUGCGUGUAAAUCUUCUGCAUCAAGUAUUCGCACAUCCCAAACGUCCGAUACUCAACUGGUCGCUUUGGAAACCUUCGCUGGUUACUUGAAAAGCAUUUGCACAUUGAUCCUAGAUUCGAAAGAUACAAACACGAGCGACCUUGAUCGUCUCUUUUCCAAUCGAUUGUCACUCGAAUCUAUUCGGUCAUUCAUUACUGAUCCUCGAUGUCGACUAUUGCUUAUAUCAAAGAAAACUACUGUCCAAGAUACAUUGAUGAACCAGCUGGAAACAAACAGAAAUAAUGAAAACGAUGUCUAUAGACUGUUGAUGGAAGUUCAUUAUAUCAAUCCAGAAAUGAUCACACUGAUCGUGUUCAAGCGAGGUCAAUUCAUUGAAAACGGAAAAGAUUAUGCCGCGCAAUUGCAGAUUCUCAGUUUCAUAGACUCAAGUCCGUGCCAAACAUUACACGUCUAUAUUUCACAAGUCAUUAAGCCCUAUUUCGAGUCGUAUGUUCGUCAACUGGACAAAAAUGGACAUGUUGAGCAGACGAUCGAACAGAUCAUUCAAAACAAUCUUAUGGAACUCGAAACAAAUUUCAACCAUCUUGAACAAAGCAAUAAAAUGGCAAAGCUAACUGUUGCGAUUCAUUCGAUUAGCACACACGUCGGCAAAGAAUGUGACGAGGAAAAUUUAUCAUGUAAUGACCAAUAACUGAUGACCUCUAUGGUCCUUAAAGUACAAUGGUCAACAUUUUAGAGGCAAGAAAAGAGAGUUAUAGAACGAAUAAGAAAACAGAGACAAUAUAGAGAUUGGAGAGACUCUUUUGACACCGGAAAAAGAAAGAAAGAAGAACGAACAUCAAAUGAGGGCAUUCCAACGACGUGUGACCAGAACAAGAACAAGAACGAGAACCGACUUUCUAGUAAAACACAGAAGAAGGCAGAUGUAAGAAUUCACUUUUAUAAGUAAGAUAUACAUAGAGAGAGAGAGAGAAGGACCCAGGUCGAGCAUUCCAGCCGCCGGAACCGGCACGGAACCGAGACGGAAAACAUCGGAAAUCGAUACAAUUCUGCAGGUUCCGUCUCGGAAAACAGCUGGAUAGCACCGGAUAUUCGCCGGUUCUUUGCCGCC